AUGGCGCCGCCGGCGGCGGAGGAGGACACGGAGCGGCGGGACCUGCUGGUGCAGACGCUGCGAGAGCAGCGGGUGCUCAAUAAGAUUAAGGCAGAGUUACGAGCGGCUGUGUUUUUGGCAUUAGAAGAACAAGAGAAAGUAGAGAACAAAACACCUCUGGUAAAUGAAAGCUUGAAAACUUUUUUAGGUACAAAAGAUGGUCGCUUGGUAGCAGGUCUUGUGGCGGAAUUUCUGCGGUUUUUCAAUCUUGAUUUUACAUUGGCUGUUUUUCAGCCUGAAUCAAGCACACUAAAUGGCCUUGAUGGUCGAGAAAACUUAGCUCGAGAUUUGGGAAUUACAGAAGCAGAAGGUACUGUGGGUGGUCCCCUGUUGUUGGAGGUUGUUAGGAAGUGUCAGCAGAAAAAGAUUUCAGGCAGUGGAGAAGUGGCUCCAGCUCUAAGUGAUAGCCAGUGCCCCACAUCAAAAUCAUCUGAUGGAAGGUCAAGUACACGUUCUAUACCAAAUAAGGCUGCUGAAAACACUCAGAGUGAUACCAGUGUCUCAUCAGGGGAAGCAAGCAAAAGAAGCAUUCAUUUUCUGCCUAAUGAAGCAAAACUAGAUCCUCAAUUAGAAAACAAAGACUUGAAUACCAAAGAAAAAAGUGAUGCAGUUGUGGAUGAAGAUGAUGAAGAAGGAGACUCUUUCUUUGAUGAUCCUAUACCCAAACCAGAAAGAACUUAUGGCUGGAAAACUGAAGCCAGUAAAGCAGGAGGUCUAGCAUCCCUUUCUGAUGCACCGCCUCUAAAAAGUGGGUUAAGCUCCCUGACUGGUGCACCUUUGAUAAAGGAGUCUGAUAAUUUGAAUAAAAACUCUGUUUUGAAAGACCUGCGGUUGGUGAAUGCAAAAUUGGGAUCACUAGAAUUAGGAAACGGAGAUGAUGAUGAAUAUGCUGAUGACUUCAACAGUACUAGUCACCGCUCAGAAAAAAGUGAUAUCAGUAUCGGAGAAGAAAUAGAUGAAAUUUCUGUGGGAACAGAAGAGUCAAAUGCCAGUGAUAAACUCGAAAGCAUCACACAAGACCUUACCAUUUCUCAGUUAAGUGACGUUGCAGAUUAUCUGGAAGACGUGGCAUAGAAUUGGACAACAAAAUAUCUUUCAUUGUGCUGGACUAGAAGACUGCUGUGGACUAUUAAUUUCAGACAAUCACUUUUUGCUGGAAUGUCCACUCCCUACUCUUGUGCCUUGUGUUUCAAAAGACUGUAGGUGGAGAAGGCAUUUAAAUAUUCUUUACAAGAACUAAAUGAAAUAGUGUGUUCCCAUUUGAGUCUGAUAUCAGAAUUACUUUCUUCAUUUGGUUCAGCCAAACCUUUUACAGCAGGAGGUGGAUUUUCCAAGCCGAAUGUCCAUUGCUGGCAGUGGGCAUAAUAAAAACCAGUUGAUAGGAGAACAUCAAGAAAGAGGCAUGUGGCUUUAUAGUGAACUUGCACUGUUAUUUUAACAGUCUGUUUUUUGUUUUUUGUUUUUUUUUUAAAGAUAACCAAAGCAAGAACCUUCAAAGGUACUGGUUCAACUUACACAUCUUUUAACACAAUUUUAUCAAGUCAGCAUGUAGUACAUAUUUAUGGUAACUCUAGCCACAAUACCUAAUUACUCCGAACUUACUUGAAACUGCUCUUUUACAGACUCUUCUGAAAGUUGGACUUUAACUUUUGUAAAGGCAUAUCAAAUUGAGAGUAUCUAAACUCUUAAAUCUAAAUUUAGCCAUAUUUAGGAGCUAAAUUUAGCACUAGACUUAACUCAGAAUAUUCUUGUUUAAAUGUUUGUCAGACCAUUGAUGUUAAGACCUAAGCUGUUUUUAUGUAUGAUAAUUUCAUCAAUGUUAUCUGUUGUUAAAUCACGAAAAGUAAUUUUAUUCACAAAUCAUUAACUAAAUCUUAUUGGGUUUUCUUAAGUUUUUAAUGGGUUUUCUUAAGUUUUUAACAGUGUGGUAAUGCUUUGUGGAGCUUUUAUUAUUGAGGGCUCUUCAUGUUCUGUAAGCUUACUUUCAUUCUUGAAAAUCCUUGUUAAGUAAAAAUGAGCGCCAAAAAGUGAAACCACUUAACCCUCUGUUUUUCAGAUUCUGACUGCUGUACAGAAUUAAAUGCAAAUAUUUAAAAAUACCAUACCGAAAAUGUUACAGACACUAAGUUCUAGCUAAGAGCAAAUUCUUAUAUUUUCACUAUAUACUCUUGCAAAACAGGGUCAGUAAUGGAAACGUUGACAGUUCUUUAACAAUACUGUACAUGGCGCUGCUAUAAUAUAUAGGUCAUGGACAUUUGUAAUACUGAAACAAGACUUCAAAAUGUGCACUUUCUGAACAUUGUGAACACAUUUGGAAACUAGACAUGUAAGUGAAUAUAAAUAAUUUAAUUUUAACUUUUUUUCCUUUUUUUAGACUUUGUAAUUUUUUUUUCAGGAAUACUGUUGGCCUGUCAUCAGUGAUCACCACAGUGGAAGUAGCUUGCUAAGCUAAAGCCAUUGGUUAAGCAUAGAAAGCUGCUACUAUAACUGGAAGCUGACUUAAAUCUUUUUUUGCACUGGGCCAGCAGGCCUGGAGCAGUGCUGGGAACUUAGGCUUGUACAUUACAUAAAUGAUUUGAGAGGAGAGAAAAAGUGUGCCUUUUAUUUAUGUGCACCCCAAAAUAGCCAGCAAAAAAGCAUCAGAAUAUUUGGUCAUGCUGUUAACUUUUAACUUUGUGCCAUAUUGUAGUAGCUGAACACAGGAGAAUUUUUUUCACCGACAAAGUCCAUGUGCCAUAGACUUCAAAUAGCAACAAUGUUAUAUGAUACAGCCUGUGUAAAAAAUUCCUUUAUGGAUAGGGGAACCUGUGCCUCAAGAUACUAUAUAUGAAAAGUUUGGGUUGGUAUUUUUUCUUUACUUUUUCCUUUUUUUUUUUUCCUUUUCUUUUUUCUUUCUUUUUUUAGGAGCAACAGCAUAUCUGAAGGAAAUAAAAUUCCACAUGAACACCUGGGAACAAUUGUUUUCUGGCAUUUAUUUUUAAAGUGUGUGGAAUAAAGCAGAGGCAGUGUUGUUUGGUUUUUUUAAGUGUCUUAGAAAACACGAUGUUCCAUUACCUGUUAGCUGUAAGAUAUGUGGCAAUUUAUCAUACCAAAAGAAGCAAAAAGUUUAUUAAAUUAUUUCUAAUUACAUUUGAAGAUGUGGCCUUUUCAAAAACUAAUUACAUAUUUUAAGUGUUAACAUGACUUUUGUUAGCAGAGGAGUGUGUUCUCUUACGUUGGGAGUUAAUGGCAAGCCUUGCACUUUGGCUCUAAUUAAAGGAAAUACCAAAAAGUGGUAAGUCUCCGUGCUGUUCCUCCUGUGAGCUUUUAUUGAAUUGUGUAUAAUAAUUCAAAUUGUAAAAUAAAGCUAUUAUGCUGGCUAAA